GAAGGAGUGAAGUCCGUUUGGUUCCCGAGCGAACAGCCAGCGGAGUGAUUGUGUUCUGUUUCCUCUCGAAUAAGAUUCGUGGUGCUUCUGGAAGGAUGUACUUCAUGUCUGAGACACCCGGAUCAGAAGAAGAAUGAGCGAUUCAUAACAAUGAUGCCCGUGUUUGUGAGGUUAGUUAGCCAGGAUGAAUUGAACCUGACUGUUGUGCAGGGAACUGUGGAAUUAGAGAAGUGAUCUGUGCUCGAGGUGCUUGGAGUGUUAUGGGACUUUCAGAAGAAAGGAACGAGUAGUAGAAGAGCGCAUAGAGCAACUCGUCUGGGGAAGAAGUUCAAAGAUUAACGCCUAAGCUUUCAUAGCUCUUCCAGGAUAGACUGUAUUUUAAUGGGAGAAGUGAAUCGAAGCGUACCGCAAGAGGUUUGAUCAACAAGAUACACGAUAUGAGGAUAUCAAGGACGCGUUAAAAUGCUUCAACUAGUAUGGAGAGUGUGGGAUAGUAGUGAGACUAGCCGGUAAAGUCGCCCACAUGCGGGAUCGGGAAGCGGAGCAUCGGGAAGCGCAUGCGGCUCGGGAAUCCUGGCAGGCUGGAAGAUGGCGGAGCGGCGUGGCGCUAGCCGAAGGCGGUGAAAGGCAAACUUGGGGAUUUGUUCUUAGACGUUGGCAGGGCCCGGCUCCCAGGAGCCAUGCAGGCCAAAAAGCGCUACCUGGUUUCUUUGCUGACCGGCGCUUUCCUGCUGCUGCUCUUUUACUUCGCGGGCGUCCCGUCGGGUGGAAAGCGGCGGCAUGAUCGCAGCCGCCACGCUCACCGGCGCUCCGAGCAGCCGUGGCCGCACUUCUCCGACCCUUUACACCUCUUCAGCCCGUGGGAUCAAACCGAUAGUGAGGAGUACAACAUCCACACGUCUCCUAAACUCAAACGGGAUGUGCAUGCCAGUGUGUAUAAGGGCAAGCGCUGUCGCAUGGACUCGUGUUUCGACUUCUCCUUGUGCCAGCGCAACGGCUUCAAGGUGUACGUGUACCCGCAACAGAAAGGCGAAAAGAUUUCAGAAAGCUACCAGAACAUUUUAACUACAAUCGAGGCCUCGCGAUUUUACACGUCCGAUCCGAGUCAGGCGUGCGUCUUCGUCCUGAGUUUGGACACCCUGGAUCGGGACCAGCUCUCCCCGCAUUACGUGCACAACAUGCGGGCUAAAGUGCAGAGCCUGGCGCUGUGGAACGAUGGCAGGAAUCACCUCAUUUUUAACUUGUACUCUGGCACAUGGCCCGACUACACGGAGGAUCUGGGCUUCGAUAUCGGCCAGGCAAUGCUGGCCAAGGCGAGCAUCAGCACUGAGACCUUUCGAUCGCACUUCGAUGUAUCCAUACCUCUCUUUCCCAAGGAGCACCCGAAAACGGGCGGUGAGCGGGGGUACCUUAAGUACAACACAAUUCCUCCUUUUAGGAAGUACAUGCUGGUGUUUAAGGGUAAACGCUAUCUUACCGGGAUCGGCUCGGACACGAGGAACGCUCUGUACCACGUACAUAACGCGGAGGAUGUGGUCCUGCUCACCACAUGUAAACAUGGCAAGGACUGGCAGAAGCACAAGGAUGCCCGCUGUGAUCGGGACAACGCCGAGUAUGACAAAUAUGACUACCGGGAAAUGCUACACAACUCCACCUUCUGUCUAGUGCCUCGAGGACGACGUCUGGGCUCCUUUCGGUUCCUAGAGGCAUUACAGGCGGCCUGUGUGCCUGUCAUGCUAAGUAAUGGAUGGGAGCUUCCCUUCUCCGAAGUUAUCGACUGGAACACCGGCGCUGUGAUCGGAGACGAGCGGCUCCUGCUGCAGAUCCCCUCCACGGUGCGUUCCAUCCAUCAGGAUAAGAUCUUGGCUCUGAGGCAGCAGACACAGUUCCUGUGGGAGGCUUACUUCUCAUCAGUGGAGAAGAUUGUACUUACCACCAUAGAAAUCAUCCAGGACCGGGUCCUGCAGCACACAGCCAGGAGCAGUGUGAUGUGGAAUAGCCAUCCUGGAGGUCUCUUUACCCUGUCCCAGUAUUCUACCUAUCUAGGGGACUUUCCCUUCUACUACGCUGGCCUCGGGAUUAAACCGUACUCAAGGUUCACUGCAGUCAUCCAUGCAGUCACACCACUGGUGUCUCAGUCUCAGCCCAUCCUUAAGCUCCUGAUGGCAGUCUCCAAAUCUCAGUAUUGUGCUCAGAUUAUAGUAUUGUGGAAUUGUGACAAGCCUUUACCUGCCAAGCAUCGAUGGCCUGCCACCUCAGUGCCUGUUAUAGUAAUCGAAGGAGAGAACAAGGUGAUGAGCAGUCGCUUUCUGCCUUAUGAGAGCAUUAUUACUGAUGCUGUGUUGAGUCUGGAUGAAGACACAGUUCUCUCCACUACAGAGGUGGACUUUGCUUUCACAGUAUGGCAGAGUUUUCCUGAGAGGAUUGUGGGCUACCCAGCCCGCAGUCAUUUCUGGGACAGUAACAAAGAGCGCUGGGGCUACACAUCCAAAUGGACCAAUGAUUAUUCCAUGGUUCUGACUGGAGCUGCCAUUUACCACAGAUAUUACCACUACCUAUAUACCCACUUCCUGCCCAGCAGCCUAAAAAACAUGGUGGACCAGCUCGCUAACUGCGAGGACAUCCUGAUGAACUUUUUGGUUUCAGCUGUUACCAAGCUGCCACCCAUCAAGGUCACACAAAAGAAGCAGUAUAAGGAGACUAUGAUGGGACAGUCGUCCCGGGCAUCACGCUGGGCAGAUCCGGACCACUUUGCCCAGCGGCAGACCUGCAUGAACAAGUUUGCCAGCUGGUUUGGCUCCAUGCCCCUGGUCCAUUCACAGAUGAGACUGGACCCUGUUUUGUUUAAAGACCAGGUGUCUAUCCUUCGCAAGAAAUACAGGGAGAUUGAGCGACUCUGACCAGACGAGUACCCCCUGUCGAGCGUGCAGCAGGGGGCAAUAGGAUACUCAGUGGAGAGAAGGAAGACCACAACCCAGAAGACUGCAGUUGUCACUUCAUCCCUUUAUUCCACAUAAUAAAUUGCUGGUGACUUACUUGGCAGGAUGAAGCGCUGGCUGGGGACAUUCAUUCACGCACCCAGUGCACAUUUUUGACCACAAGAGUUUUUUUGUUUGUUUGUUUUAUAAAUAAAUGCUGUAAUUGACUGAUGAUUUUUUCCAGCACAUGAGAGAAUUUAGGAGAAGGCAGGAGGGAUGCAACAAUCUUUCCUCACUCAUAUCCACAUCAAGAUGCAUCAGGAUCUGUAUUACAAGCCUUUAUUAGCUUUCUGUUUAAGCAUGUCAUAUCUGUAUCAUUCUUCAUAUUGCACAAGUAAGCCUUGGUGGAAGGAUCAUUUGAUUUGGUUCAGGAGACGUAUUACAUAUUCAGGACUGUUUUAGGGCAGUAAACAAUGGGGUCAUGGUCACUAAUUUUGAAUGUGUAUUUUUAUAUCAGCAAGUAUUUUUGUUUUGUUUGUUUGUUUGGGGUUUUCCCCUCCUCAUUGACAGUAUAAUGACUUUUCAGCUUAUUGCUUAUUUCAUAUUUUUUUCAGUGCCAAUAUCGCUAAUUGCCUUUUACUACAGUUUAAGAUUUCUAUGCAUUAUAUUUCCUUUACUGGUUCUGAGGUCCAUGUUAAUUCAUUUGGACAAUUUAGAAUGUUUAGAAUUUGCAUCCUAUUAUGAUGAAAGUGGGUCAUUUUAGUUGCCUGUAAAGUGCUACUGAGUUAGGAGAAAAGCACUUGUCACUAAAUGUGACUGGAUUCAUUGUGGCCAAUUUUCAACAAGCUGUUCAUAAAAAUGAGUUCUUUAUCAGGGACAUGUCACCACCUUAUUGUUCACCUUUUUCUUAUUUCCCCCUUUCCUUUUUUUAACUUGUGUGUGGUGCGACUCCUUAUUCACUACUAACCAAUACCCAAAGGUGCAUGUCGCCAGUUUUAAAAAAGGUGUAUAAAACAUGCGUCCUGCAUUGUACCAGUCUCUGCAUGCACAAGUACUUACGAAGUCUAAUGACUUGAAGGAAGCAUUUUAGUGGCCUUUUUAUUCAAAGGUGACUGGAGUUGAAAGUGAGCCAGCUGUGAGCCAAAGUUUCUGUUUUUCCCUGUUCUUUUUAUUAAAGCGCAGUGACCAGAAGCCAUUCGUUCAUCUAUUUAUUAUUACUAAUCACUUUAUCCUGGUCGGGGGGGGGGGUUGCUGCCACCCGGAAACACUUAUGGGUGCAAAGUGGAAUCACACACCACACAGUGCCAACAUCAUUCACUUACUCAAUCACACCUAGGGGAAAAUUUAGAUUAGCCCUUACACCUUCUAAAUGUUUUUGGUUGGUGGGAGGACUCUGGAGUAAAAAGGGGAAACCCACACAGACAGAAAAACCAAAUAAAACUUCCCACAGACAGUAACCAGAAGCAGGGAUCAAAUCCAGAACCAUAAAAACCAUGUUUCUGUGGGAGUUCCACUCUACCAGCUGUGCCACUGUGACACUGACCAUAACAAACUAAACUAUGUUGCAUUUACACUACAUUUUACAGCUGUCCCUAUUUUAGUUUGUUUGACAACCAGGUUCUGUUCAUGCCAAGAUUUUUUUUAAGCAAGCUAUUGAAAUUUACAAUGCGCACAUUUUAUAAAUAUGUUUCAGAAAGCAGUUAAACAGAUGUGGCAUUUUAUGUAACUGAACUAAACAGCAUGAGAGUGUGUAACAAUCGGAGGACUAUUGCAUGGCACUGGCUCUGUUUACAUUUAAAUUUUUUUGAUUACAAGCAUUUAAUCAAAAUCAACUGAUCUUUUCAUUCCGCUGUUUUCUUUAUUCUGCAUAUUUUUAGUACAAUUGGUGAAACUGACAGAUUUCUGUUGCCUUUGUGCUCUGGAAAUUGUGAUGUUUACUUAAACAAAAUUGGCACUGAGGAUUUGUAGGGCUAAAGAUGGAUACUUACAGAUCAUUUUUGUGGCCCCUAGAUUUAUUGAUCUAACAGUUAGUCAGGUGGUGCUUCUGCUUGACUGAAAUAGACUUGAUACACUUUAGUACAACAUUUUGUGGUUUUGAAAAAAAAAAUAGAUUCCACUGGAGGAUCAUAGUUCCCACCAAACACCUAUUUAUUUAUUUUUGCCUAGAAUUUGGACAGAUAUUAUUUAAAAAAAAAAAAAAAAAAAAAGACUUUUAAGCACCUUGCUUGACAGUCUGUUUGGCUAUAGGCAUACAUCAGGCUCAUGCGCAACUGAAUCCCUUCCAUGUGUACUGUAUUUGUGCCUGCAGUCUGUUUUGUCUAUCUUGGUCCGUGAUUUAGAAGAAUCUCUUUCUGUGAAAAAUGCUGUUUUGCUCUGCGGCCAUAAUACGUCGUGGUGCAAAGCAGAAAUUCCUUUGUGGAAGGUUUUACAGUUUUUGCCUAUCCCUAAAUGUUCAAAUGUAAUUUAUUCUUAAUUGCUAUUCAGCUAGCAUGAAUCAUUGUGCCACAACUGAUCAACUAUCAAGUUUAAAGUGUCUUAUUUUCAUUAUUGUUUUAACAAUUCAGUUUGGAUUUCUACCCUUGCACAAUUUUGAUGAGAAGUUGAAUGACAGAUGUUUAAUAAAAGUGCUGUACAUAAUGUACUGUAUUUAUUUUCUUGCAAAUAUGUAAAGUAUUAGAUCUCACUCAACUGAAUAUUUGUACAGCGUCAAAUACCUAUUUUGUAUACAGUUCCCCUUUUUUCAUUUCAACAUUGUAAACGGGCAUGACGGGGCCUGUCACAAUCAUCUUUGUCUGAAAGAUGAUAUUAAAAUAAGGCACAGUAAUUUGAUUGAAGUCAUAGUUGCAUGGCCAACUACAGACAUUUAUAUUACAACAGGCCUGUAGUGUGACAAUCAUGGUUGACUGAUAGAUUGUGAUUGAAUUUAAUAAUUGUGACAGACCUAUUCAAGCCUAACGUUUUCAGCUUGUCCUUACAUGCCCUUGUAUUAUUACAUUAAUAAGUUCAGAUGCAAAAUCAGUCCAAUAUGAUGUGCUUGCUGACCAGUGUUAAUUUGUCUAAAAGGAUUCAUGAUUCAUUGGCACCUUUCAAAGGCAAAGGCUGCUGCCACAGCACAAUCCGUCACCAAAGACUUCUUGUACUCUGUAUACAUAAGGGAAAUUGUUUCAGCAGCUUCUCUAGUUUAACGUUUUAUACUGGGUUAUUUAUCACUCAUGUUUUUGUCAUACACAUUUUGUGUGUUUGUUUUACAUAAUUCUUUCACUAUUAUUCAGCUAAUACAGUCGGCAUAAGUGUUUUUACAUCAGUGGGACAGAAACUUCAUCUGUGCUUAGCAAUAAGAUCUACACAGCAUAUAUACCUAGACAUGAGCAAGUGACCUUUGCUUGCUGUGCCUUUGAUUGAAUUCUGGCUCUGAAUUUCUCACAUCUUUCUAUUAAUUAAGAUAAGAAACGUUACACCUAUAGGUGAAGCCAGUGCCAGAUAGAAGCUUAACAUUCAUAUAAACUGAAAUAACUCAGCAUCCAUCAUACAUUGGUCAUUUCAGCUUCUGUGCCGAGACCCAACUUGCAUGACCAGUUUAGAGAUUUUUUUUUGUUCUCAUAUUAGUUUUGCUCCCUCCUGUUCUCAUCAUCCUUCUUUUCUCUUGUAAUUAACGAAACACUUUUAUAGAAGUAAUAAAGAAAAUAGAAUAAUGCCAAUUUUGUAUAAUUGAUUUAUAAGAAAAUGAAUAAAAGUCAUAUUUGAUAGUAUGAUAAA